AUGACGGUGAAGAAGAAUCAGACUCUGCAGAAUGGAAGUGCCAAGGAGAACGUGCUGCAGAGGGUCCUGCAGCUGCCGGUGGUGAGCUCGACCUGUGAAAGCCUCCAGCGGACCUAUGCCAGCACCAAGGAGGCCCACCCGCUCAUGGCCUCGGUGUGCGAGGUCUACGAGCGGGGCGUGCAGGGUGCCAGUGCCUUGGCCAUGUGGAGCGUAGAGCCCGUGGUGCGCAGGCUGGAGCCUCAGUUCGCUGUGGCUAACAACCUGGCUUGCCGGGGCUUGGAUCACCUGGAGGAGAAGAUCCCUGCCCUCCAGUAUCCCGUCGACAAGCUCGCGUCCGAACUGAAGGGCACCAUCUCCUCUCCGCUCCAAAGUGCCAAAAGCACCAUUGGCACCUCCAUGGAUAAGAUCAUGGAGCUGGCGGCGGAGGGCUAUGAGGCCACCAAGAGCACGGUGGAAACAACAGCAAAGUACACGAGGAGGAACUCGGUGAGCCAAAUGGCAGCCGCAGGGGUCGACACGGCCCUGGGAGGCCUGGAGAAGCUGAUGGAGUACCUGUUGCCGGAGGAGGAUGAAGAAGCAGGUAAGACGCGUGAGUCAGCAGUAAAGGUCUCCCAGCAGCAGCCCAGCGCUCCCAGUACUCCCAGCACCCUGGGCCGGAUUGGCGCCUUGGUUAGCAAUGUCUCCCACCGCGCUUACCAGCAAACCACCCAAAGCCUCCAGCGUGCCAAAGCCAAAGGGCAGGAGCUGGCCACCUGGAUCCCCAUCCUGCCGAUCUCACCCGAGGCACCGCGGGUCCACGGUGAUGGGCAGAGCACCGCGGCCGGCUGGCUGAGCCGGCGGCAGAGCAAGGUGCCGGAGCAGAAGCAGGAGAAGGCGGGAAAGAAAGACAACAACCACACCAAGGAG